AUGGUUGUUAGGAGAAACUCAUUCUUGGAUGUAUCCACUCGAACUUAUUGGAUAGGAUGUGUUCUGUCAUACAUAGCAUGUACUAUCACAGUUAUUUACAUGUUUGAAAUUCUAAGAAAGCCAGUUGAAAUCACAAAUGCUUACAUUGAAUAUAGAUACCCAAAAUACGGAAACGUACCAAAAGAAAACAGUCUGUUGAUAUUUUCAGAUAAAAAAGUUAUGCGGUUUAGUAUAUUCAGUUGUAUUGUAAUAUCUGGUGGAUUGAUUACGUGUUAUAUGUGCCUGAGUGUUUUGAUAUUUCUUGAAGUGCGAAUUCGGGUCAAUUCCAUGAGUGCUUCAAUGCAAAAAUAUCAUUUAAAAGUGCUGAAAAACAUUCUUCAGGAAAUUUUGAUCAAAUUGGUGACUUUUAUUUUUUAUCCAUUCUUCACUUGUGUUCAAUAUUUUGUGGUUCCAGAAUAUGAUUCUAUUGGAAUCACUAUGUUUCUUUAUAAUAUUUUUGUGGCUGCACCAAUUCCUGGUACGGUAGUUUUGAUUGUUCAAACUCCCUCAUAUCAACAGUAUUUGAUGAAAGCCUUUCAAACAAGGGUGCGAGUGGAAUCAUCCUGA